AUGAGUCAAAAACGCCGAGCAAGUCAUAGUGGAGUGCCUAGUAGUAGCAGUACCACUAGCAGUAAGAAAACCAGGAAAACCAUUAGUUUGGGUACUAAAUUAGAUGUUUUAAGGCAUUUUGAUGCAGGUGAGCGUGCGGUAGACAUUGCCAUCACUCUAGGUCUCACUCCGACCACUGUGAGAACAAUUCGGAGUAAUGCCGACAAGAUCAGGGCUAGUGCUCGGUGUGUAACACCGCUUAGUGCUACUAAAAUAAGUCGAUCAAGAAGUAGUUUGAUGGAAAACAUGGAGCGUCUUCUCUCAGUGUGGAUAGAGGACCAGAACCAGCGGAACAUACCUCUAAGUUUGCCUGUGAUACAAGCUAAGGCAAAAAGUUUGUAUGACAAAUUAAAGAGAGACCAAGGUGAAGGAUCACAGACAGAGAUGUUCAUGGCAAGUCAGGGAUGGUUUGAUCGGUUCAAGAGGCGCUUCCACCUGCACAACAUGAAGAUGUCCGGUGAGGUGGCUAGUGCCGAUACUGCAGCAGCUAAAAAUUUCCCCGAGUAUCUCAAGAAAAUAAUUGAGGAAGGAGGCUAUUCGCCUAAGCAAGUCUUUAAUGUCAAUGAAAUGAGCCUCUACUGGAAGAUGAUGCCUGAACGAACUUACGUUUCCCGAGAGGAGAAGACAGCGCCUGGAUUUAAAGCAGCUAAAGACCGCCUAACCUUGCUUCUAGGUGGUAAUGCUGCCGGAGACAUGAAGAUGAAACCGCUGACAGUGUACCAAUUUGAAACACCACGAGCUCUCAAGGGAUAUUCAAAGGAAGACCUUCCGGUCAUUUGGAGAUCCAAUAAGAAGGCAUGGAUAACUGGAGCUAUUUUUUCAGAAUGGCUGACUCUCUAUGCCGUCCCUGCAUGGAAGGAAUACUGUGCCAACAAAAAUCUUGAUUUCAAGAUUUUAUUACUUAUUGAUAAUGCACCAGCUCAUCCAAUCAAUCUGGACGACCUGUGCGAAAACGUUAAAGUUGUCUUUCUGCCACCUAACACCACAUCACUCAUCCAACCUAUGGACCAGGGAGCCAUUGCUGCAUUUAAGGCAUAUUACUUACGCCGUACUUUCGAGCAGCUCAUCAGAGGCACUGACGGAGAAGGCAAGCCUACGAUUCGGCAAUUUUGGCGUGACUACAACAUCCUCAAGUGCAUCAAUAACAUCGGUGAGUCCUGGGCUGAAGUUACUCAGGCAUGCAUGAAUGGUGUGUGGUGGAAGUUGUGGCCUGAAUGUGUCAAUGACAUAAAAGGAUUUAAAGAUGUUGUUCCUGCUAUGAAGAAAGAUAUUCUCAACUUGGCCAAGAAAGCGGGUUUUGAUGAGGUGGAAGAAGCCGACGUUACACAACUUCUGCAGUUACAUGGAGAAGAGCUAACCAAUGAAGUUCUGAUGCAACUAGACAUGAUGAGAGCAAUGGAAGACAUGGGCCAAGAACUAAAAGAACCAACCCAUCGAAAUUUGACUGCCAAACGUCUUUCUGAAGCUUUCCAAAUGAUUGAAGCUGGCUUGCAGAUCCUUAGUGAUGAUGAUCCUGACAGAGAACGCAGUUCCAAAGUGAUUAGGGGAGUUGGUCAUCUAAUGACUUGCUAUAAAGAAAUUUACCAAGAAAAAAAAAGGAAAGCAAAACAACCAUCUCUAGAUACGUUUUUUCGAGUUGUGACGUUGAUUGAUGCUGCAUGA